AUGGCGGCCACCACUGUUCCUCGUUCUCAUUCCAGGGAAUCGUCGAUCCCCGACUUCGACUUCAAUCCGAGCUUCUCGUUCCCUGCGCAACCGACGGCUCGCCCGAAAUCCACUGGCCUUCGGUUCCCUAUGCAGUUCGCGGCUACCGAGUCCGCUGCAUUUCCGCCACGGAGGGGCUCGGUUCCAGCGAUCGGUACUCUUGCAGUGGCACCUGUCAGUGCAAGACCUAGGUCCAGCCAAGCGGAUGCUCUGAAGCAACUGAGCGCAAACUCGAUGCAGAUGGCUAACCGCGCAUCUGGUCCUCCUAGCCCAGACUACACCACUACCACGUCAUCCUCCCGUGUGCGACCCACUGGGAGAACCAUUGGCGAUGGAGUGUUGCCGACCGUCUUGAGCGCUACUGUUCGCUCUCACAACCGAGAGGCUAGUGAGCUGCUGCAGGUACCGAUGUUGGAUCCAAGGGUGGAGGAAACCACAACUGGUCCACCGCCGAUUCAGAAGAGGGCUCCCCCUCCGCCAGGUGUGAACCUGCGCAAGGGGCACGCUCAUCGCAGAUCCGGGGCUAUCUCUAGUUCGGAUGUCUGGAGUCUGAUGAAUCAAACCGCGCCUCCUCUUCCAGCACCACCGGCCAAAGUUGCGACCACGGACCAGGCAAGUAUGGAGCCACCUGCUGUUAUCAACAAGAGUGCUCCUGCGAGCCCGAGCAUCAACGCUGAACAACCUCCCAAAACCCCGAAUAGCUUCGUUUCUGAUGCACCUUCGGAGCGAAGCACGCGUGUAUGCUUUACCGAGAGCGUUCAGAUCAUCCCCAGACCGAUAUCCAUUUCAACGGGAUCGAGCGCUAGCACGGCCAGGAGGCAUAGCGUUGCUGGUAGCGUUGGCAACUUCGCCCCGCCCCUGAUCAUCGAUACGACAGCAACAAGGGCUCCUUCACCGAGCCGCCGUCCUCACAACCGAACUCGAAGCAAUUCGCAGACCCUCGCACAGCCCACCGCUGCAUUGCGUGCCCUGAGCGACCGUACCCAGGGCGACCGACCGUCUACCGCUGGUGCCAUUCUCGCAUCGCCACAGGUUACCCAGGCGCCCGAGCUUAACAUCCCCGAGGUCCCAUCGUUGAAGAGGCCAGCCAGCAAUUCCCCAUUCUUGAAUGAGAACGCAUCACCUUCCAAGCCGCCUUCGAAGAAGGCUCACAAGAAAGCCCAGAGCGAUUUUUCGCCGCUGAUGAUGUCUAGCGAGUUUAGUGCGCAGGAUGGUUCGACCAGUGAUGGCAACGAAGACAAGAAGAAGAAAAAGGGAAAGAAGCAGAUCAGGGGCUGGGCUGGCAACAUUCUCGGAAAGAAGAGCAAGCGCAAGUCGAAGAAGUCGAAGCGUUCGCCCACUCCCCCCGUAUCGCGAUCCGCCGAGGACCUUACGCCAAGGGAAAACGAAUGGGUUGCAACAUCGUGGAAUGAGAGCUACGUGAUCAUGCCAAUCGAUGCCGCGCCUCUGCCCGUGAUUCCUAGGGUUGCCGUGUCUGGAUGUCCCAGCAGUCCCGUUAUUGACCUGGAUGCAGCCUUGGGUCCGUUCAAUGCCCCCGUGGAGAGCCACACCGGCUUCGCAGCUGCUCGGCGGAGAAUGCACUCUGCUGCUGCCAGGGGUAGCGGGUCUUUCUUCCACCGCCGUUCGGAGAGCUUGCCCGAAAUGGAGUUGUUCGCGCUGGAAGAGGAUGAGGACCGCACCAUGGAGGAUGUGUUUGAGGAGGAAGAGGAUGAUUGCACUACUAGCGAGGAGGAGUCGAGUGAAUCUGAGGACGACUCGGAUGAUGAGGGACAGAUUGGCGGUGGCGAUGGUCUCGGAAUCGGAAUACAGACGGAGGAUGGGUGGCCCAACAAGACCGGAGCCGUUCACGUCAGUCACAUCAUCGAUGCCGAUCACAAGCGGCUCAGCAAUGGUACCAUCACUGCUGUAACCGUGUCGACGAAUAUCCCAGACAGCCACGGUAUGCAGCGUACAUCAUCUCGCAGAAAAGCCGCGCCCGCCGACAUCAUCACACCGCAGUCUUCCAUCGAGAAUAUUUCGGCAUCCGCCGCCACCUUCAAGCCUUCGUUCAUGGGUCCGGCGCUUGACUCCCCGUCGACUUUUGUGACUGCCGCCUCUAGCCCCAACACGCCAGUGCAACACGAGUUCUCUUGCAGCGACUCCUCUUGCUCGUUCGACCCUUACCGCGACUACCUCGGCGAGCCAGGUCCGGAAAUGAGGAUGAGCGUCGACGACAUUCCCAGCCUCACUUCAUCCAGUAGCACUAUGACCAUGAACGCUGCCUAUCUCGCGAUGCCUUCCACACCUGGCGCCAAUGACAUGCUUCCCUCGCCUACCAUCACGGUUGCCUCGAAGGACAAGAAGGACAAGGGCAAGAGGUGGAGCCGUAUCUGGGGUUUCUGGAAGUCGAAAUAG